AUCAGGGGUUUGUCUUCUUGCCACGUCCAUUUCCGGAAUAAGACGGAAACCACCCUCAGCCAAUGAAACGUGAAAUCAAACUUUGAUCUAACAAAGCUCAGUGUCAUCCAGCAGAGGGUGCAAUUGACUUUGGGGAUUGUAAACCUCACGUUUAAGGUGAUGCCCUGCUGUGAACAACGUGCUUGGAAAUGAUGAACAGCUCCUUGUUAAAGUGAAUGGUGUAAACUCCAGGCUGUACAGGGACACACGGACUGUGACUAGAGGAAAUGACAUAAUGACCCUCUAAAGUCCCUGCCCACGUUCCAGUGCUCUUCUCCUGACUCUUGGUGCGGGGUGUGGUCACGUAUUCCGUUCAGUACCAACGGUCGACUCUGAAUCUGAACCUGCUGUUCUCUUCAACUUAAAACAUAAAUCAGAUCUGCAUCUCUGAUCAAGACAACGAUGAGACGCCUGCUCCACUACUAACCGAGCAAGAGAAAAGGUUUUUGUGGAGACGGGGAAGAGGGGACUACACAAUGAGGAUGGGAUUCCUUAAAGUGCUUAAAACUCAGUUCCUGUGCCAUCUCAUUAUCUGUUAUGUGUUCCUGGUCAGCGGGUUUAUCAUCAACCUGCUGCAGAUUUGUACUCUACCACUUUGGACCAUAAACAAGCAGCUUGCGCGCAAGUUCAACUGCAGAUUGGGUUAUUCUAUUGCCAGUCAAAUGGUGGCACUUUUGGAAUGGUGGUCCGGGACGGAAUGCACGCUUUACACAGACCCCAAAAGCUUUGCUCUCUAUGGCAAAGAAAAUGCCAUUGUUGUCCUCAAUCACAACUUUGAGAUCGAUUUUCUGUGUGGUUGGACCUUUUGUGAGAGAUUUGGUGUUUUAGGGAGCUCUAAAGUGUUGGCAAAAAAGGAGCUGUCUUACGUUCCUGUGAUUGGCUGGAUGUGGUACUUCCUAGAAAUCGUCUUUUGUAAAAGGAAAUGGGAGGAGGAUCGGAAGACAGUUGUCCAGGGCUUGCGCAACCUUCACGAUUACCCAGAAAACUUUUGGUUCCUGCUGCAUUGUGAGGGCACACGAUUUACAGAGAAGAAGCACAAACUUAGUAUGGAGGUGGCAGAGAAGAAAGGUCUCCCCAAACUCAAGUACCACCUUUUACCUCGUACCAAAGGCUUUUGUGUCACGGUCCAGAACCUCAGGGGAAAGGUUACUGCUGUGUACGAUUCUACACUUAAUUUCAGAAACAACGAAAUGCCAACCUUAUUGGGAAUGCUCAAUGGAAAAAAGUACCACGCUGAUUUAUAUGUGAGACGGAUUCCUCUGGAGUCAAUCCCAGAGGACGAGACGGAAUGUGCAGCCUGGCUUCACAAACUCUAUCAGGAAAAAGACCAGUUUCAAGAGCAUUACAAGCAGACAGGUCAAUACCCGGGUCCCAUUACAAACGCCCCGCGCCGACCUUGGGCGUUGCUGAACUGGCUCUUCUGGGUCUGCCUGUUGGUUUAUCCUCUCUGCAUACUGCUGUUACGACUGCUGAAUGCAGGGUCCACCUUCACUGUGCUUUGUACAUUAAUCUUCUGUAUAGCAGCAUCCGCUGGUAUGCGCUGGAUGAUUGGACAAACUGAGAUUGACAGGGGUUCCAACUAUGGGAACAAAGAGGGGCAACUGAGCAAUAAGUGAACGACUGCCGCCCAGCAGUGAUGAACUCGUGACUUUUCACUAAACAGAAACUGCCAACUGGCAAGUAAAACUGUCCACCUGAGUGAAAUUUGAGGAAACCAUGAUGUAAUAUGAGGAACUUGCAGUCAGUUGAUAUAUGGUGAAACACACUCGCCACAUUCAAAGACACAUAAAGGCCAUGUUUUAAAAAAAGGUCUGUUUAUUAAUAUUCUUCUUUAAAUAUUGCAAACACUGUUUUGAGGAGCAGAGAACCAACAACAUUGAUGCCUGUGUAAAAGCAAGUUUUCUGUGUUUGUCCACCUGACUGAGUGCAGCAGCGGAAAGGCGGAGUCAGACUGGCUUCUUCCCUCUCAUUGGUUGGUUAUGCUCAAACACUCAGACUGAAAAGGCACGACGUUGGCCAGGAUGCUGGUCGACGCAGCACAA